GGUAUUUUGUUAAAAAAAAAUUGGCGGUCUCGUUGGGUUAAAAAUUGUGCAAAUGUUAUCGACAAGUAAUUAACAGUGCGCCCAAAUGGAUCGCUUAUUUAUUCGGGAUUGCAACGAGUAAUAUGAGUGAGUGAAUGCAAAAUUACUAAAAGUUUUCAGUAACGUUUCCCUCGGGAAAGAAUGUAAAAACCAUGGCUCAAAUAUCGAUACAAUAUUACAUCGAUGCAUCGAAACCAAAGUGACGGUGUGCAAUAAAUGUUGAAUAAAGUUUGUUGAAAUCUGUUUGUACUAAUGUAUCGGGUCAGGUGUAUCGAUGUCUUCUGCACUCGAUAUAUUGUUUGCAUACCUACUUGCAAGGCAAGAAGCUGUGCCUUGAAUGUAUGCAGUGGAGUGCAGCCCCUCCAACUCGAGUUCUCGUUGCAACGUUCUCCGGUUUCCUCAAUCACGUUUUUUUCUCGUGUGCUGAAUAAUACAUUUAAACUGAGACCAUUUCAAAGAAUGCUAACUUUAUUUCAUGACUACUUACGAUAAGAAUGAACCACUGCAAAGCCAUGAAGAUGAGUUUCUCUUUGUCAUCGCUACAACCGCUGAGCCUUGGCUUAGAAAAGCAUGGCCAAGCAGGUGUAGCGAUAGAAAGGCCAUACAACAGUCUCACCAAAAAACGGAAAGAUCCAAAGCAGUUUCACAAUCAACGUUUAUGGGCAAAUCGUGAGGAUUGCAAAGAUGAAUUUUGGGCAGCUAUACGAUCUAAUUAUGAUUAUAUUAUGGACACAAAUUUAAUAGAUAGUUGUAAGGAAGCUAAUGGUGAAUUAACGUGGGACGAGACUGAUGUAUCUACACAAUCAUGGAGUUUCAAAGAAGUCAGUAGUCAAUUCUCAGAACUAUAUUCAUGGCUAAGGGUUCUUCAAGAACUAGUUUAUUGCAAAGAAGAGAAUUUGUUAGAUAAAAGUCUGCGUGCGGCUCACAUGGAGGAGCUGCGACGUAGGGCAUAUAGAAGAAAGUUAUUCAAUGAACAAGCUGGAAAAUUAGUGUCACAUGCCCCUGCUUUGAAAGAUGAAGUGGCGUGGCGUGUAGACCAUUUAAAUGCAAAAUGGGAAUUAGUUGAACAAAUUAUGGCACCUAUUGAGCGGCCUGUAUCUAAUCAGCAGGAUAUAUCGGCAGAUUUUGAACACGAAGUAAAAUGUUUGAGGAAAUGGCUUCGUGAAAUGGAAUCACGUCUUCAACCUUUAAGUUUUCACAUAGAUUGGACUUUGGCAGAACUCGAGGAAAAAGCAGUGGAGCAUAUGGUACUCCAACGAGAUAUAGAGGCGCAUGGUCGAAUCGUCAGUUCGGUCGUGAAAUUGGGCGACAAGGUAUUUACUCAGCAACAGGAGCAGCAACAGCAGCAGCAGGAAGGACAGGAGGAAAAGAAGCAACAGGAGCAACAGGAACAACGGGAACCGCCACAGGCUUUACGAAUAGCCAGGUCUCUCGAACGUCGAUGGCAUUUGCUGUUUCUACGAGCUUUGGAAUGGCAGUGUCACAUCGAAACUCUCGUGUCUCGCAUAAGCAGCAAGAACUUGGUGCCUUACCGCUGCAGUAGCGACAGCGACGAGGAGCCAGUCACGAAGCAGCCUCGACUGAGCCGCAGACACUCGCGGGGUUCUGGAAGGGAAUCCCCGGGUCAGUCGGUACGUUCGACGCGCUCGAAACGCCACAGAGCCACGAGAUCGCGAUACUACGAGGAUUCAGCCACGAGCAGAGCGGACCUGUCCGACACCGACGCGUCUUCCGAGAUUCGAUCGAUCGGCGAUGGAUCCUACUUCGAGGAUGAAUUAUGUCCGCUGUACGUGAUGGACGGAAAGUCCGAGGGAACGGAAAAUCCCCGAGAAGCUAAUCGAAUCGCGAACACGUUAGGCGACCAGGGUGAAGAGGGUGACAUCGAGGAAGGCGCUUUAAGCGAGGACGAAGAGGACGACAUGCCACCGACACCUGACACAGUACCGAUGACAAAUUCGACGGCCAUCGUGGAGAGCUGCGAUCAGAUCGACGGUCAGCCCGGGAACGUUGAACAGUCCAACGGGAAUUUAGCCGCUAACGAGCCAGCGAAACGUCGCAGAACCACUGAGGAGGUCGCCUCUUUUAACACGUCCGACAGGAAAUCGAAGAAUUGCGCGACCUUCUACUUCCGCCACCUGGACACCGACUCGGAGCAGAACGAGGAGGCGGCGAUCGUGGCGGAGGACUCGUCCGAGGAGGAGUGGACGUACACGUCGUCCCGGACGACCAACGUAACGACGGAGGAACGCAAGACGAACGUGGUGGUGCGUCUGGACUUUGGCGAGGGGCAGAGCGAAUCGCGGCCCAACGAGGGAAACGCGAAAACGAGCGAGAUGAAGCCCGUUAAAGAGACGUCCAAUAUGGAGGGUGUCGACGAGACUUCAAACGAAACCGACGCGUCUUCACACCGCGAGAAAGACAGUGACGACGAAACGAGAAACGACAAGACGAGCAUCCAGAGGCUCAUCAAGGAGGUAGAGAAAUUGGUCGGGGAGGAAAGGCGUAACGGCGCGUCCAAAACCUUCCCGCAGCUGAUUCUCGAUGAUAAGGGUAUAUCGAAUAAUCAUCGCGCCAAGUACGCGAGGAUCAAGGAGUGGUUGAAACUCAACUCCGCUCGGAGCCACGAGGGACGAUCGACGUCACAGCCGUUGGAUAGCUGCGAUGCCAGCGGCGAGUACACGACAGAAGAAUCGGAUGGGGAGAGGCAGUCGGUUUCAUCGGAGGAUCUGCAGAGCAGCGUUGCGACGUAUCGACGAUUCGAAGGUGCACUCGGCUGCACGUCUCAGUCGGUGUCGCAAGAGAUCUUCGACGACGCCGACAAGACGCCGAUCAACGAGGCGCAUCCGAUGCUGGACACGAGCACGCCGAAAGUCGUGAUGCGCCCGAAGCAGAAAACCAACGGACCCAGGCCGUGGAGCGUCACUUGCAUCUCGCAGAUCGGCAACAAUUCCAAUUUGAAUCAGACCAACGACCCGAUCUCGCAGUUCUCCAUCAGCGAAACGGCGCUCCAUCAGCUAAUCGCUACUCCGCCGACCAAGUCCGUGUCCCUCGAUGCAACAGGAUCACGGAAAUCGUUCAACAACUCAACGUCCACGUUACUGGAGGAGUCGAUCAUCUGCCACGACGGCCGCGUGGUUCGUAACAGUUCGCUGCGCAGGAAAAAGAGCCGAUUGCGGAAGAAGAACCUGGGUCGUAAAAGUGACUCCAGCUCGGAAGGCGUGAACGCGAACCACUCCGCCGGAAGUGACGGCAGCUUGUCGAAUCAGCAACGAUCGCCACGGAAGAUGAGCGGAAGUCGCACGAUGCGCACCAUUUCGAGAGACUGUCACGGUCGUUUGACUACCCUGGUGAAAUCGGGCUCGUUCUCCGGGUGCACGGCCCAUCAGCAACUCUCGGCGGAGAGGACGAUCGUCAGCGAUCCGACACCGCCGUUCAGGUUACCCUGCUGUACUUCGGUGGCUUCCACGUCCGAGACAGAGGGCGAGGAGCAACGUAAUUGUACACGGGGCUGCUUCACGUACGAUGACAACCUGCUCGAUACCGUGUUAAGCAAUAAGGAGCUGUGUAAUCAGCAAUUGAACGUCGAUAGCGACAUCGAAAUGAACAGUCUCGGGAACAACUCGUUCUCCGAGCAGGCUUGGGAUAAUUAUCAGGAGAAAUAUAUGAGCGAGCCAUACAGUGAAGCGCCAGACGUAGAAACGGCACGAAGAUUAUUGGACUUUGGGGAUGAUUAUCGAAACUUCCUCGAUAGUCAGUCCGAUUGUGCCUCCAGUAUGAGCGCAGUACCUGCUAGUUCUCCACUGCCUAGAAGUCGUAUGCAUCAUGAAGUAACCGAUACCACGGAAGACAGCGAUGACAGUGACGUGGAAGAUAUCCGGAACGUAGUGGAGAAGUCGCAAGCUCAGUUCACGCUCGCAGAAAAUUUGUUCUCGAGGUCGAACAACGGCACGAUGCCGGAAGAUUGCACCGAAGUCGAGUGCGCGUGUAGAGAAAAUCUGCGAUGUCUGCACGCGUUACUGGAGUCUGUCAGCAAUUCGUUCCGAAGCGAAAAAUACGUGAAACAAGUUCGUGGUAUGUUGGAGAAAUGGGAGUCUUUAACGACUAGAGUAGAAGAAACGCAAAUGGCCACUGCGCUUCACCGGGAAUUAACUUCUCUUCGCACGGAAUUCAAAGCGGCACACGACAGACUCUUCUCAUACGAGAUCACCCUUGAGCAGCCUCACGUGUUGGACGAGCGAAUUAAUCGAAUCACGGCUGAACUGGCUGCGUUAAGGGAUCGCAAGGCGGCUAUGCUGGCGUUGAACGUCUCGACGCACAGACUGAUCACCGAUCUAGGUGGCUCCGCCUCGUUGAUCUUCACGGCGCUAAAGGACGGCGUGGCGGAUCUGUAUCGCGUCUGGGACGAGACUUUCCAAAAGGGCAAUCAACAAUUGUGCGCUCUGCAAGCUGUCCAGCAGUUCAGUAUACGCUUGGCGGAGCUUCAGUGCGCGUUGCGGAGGGAUAAGGACACCCUUGCAGUUUUGGACGUGGCCCUACAGGCUGGAGCCACUUCCGAGGUUGCUUCGUCUGUUCGUCACGUCGCCAGGCUAUUAUCCGAGAAACAAGACAUCAGUUGUCAGAACGGCACGGUGCUGAAAGACACGACAACGGAGGAAGUGAGCAGCGGGGCGACGACGAAAUUCGGCGACUCGUCGCCGAUCAGUCUGACGCAGGAAGGCGGCUCGCUGUCCGACAGCGGCAUCUCCGACAGCGGAAGCGAGCAGGAGCUGAGCGAACGGGAGCGAAGAUUGGCCGCCCUUCGUCGGCUCACCCGUAGCCUGGAGAGCCAGCUUGCGCCCGGAAGCGAGGCGCUCGUCGAGCUUCUGAAACGCGUCGAGGACGCGGAAACGGAGCUCCGGGACCUUCAGAAGCAGUGCAGGGAGCUGAUCGUACGCACCGCUGCCAGCGUCGAGGCGAGGGCCGUCAAACGGACGAGUAGUCAGGUCCACCAUUGUGCCGACAAGCGCAAGAAGCCAGGUGCCACAGAGAUGUCGAAGGACAGCGCCGAGGGGAGGAUGGCGUUGGUGAGAGCGAAGAGUGGCGCCACCGAUGGCGGCGACCCCGACAACGAGCCGGGACUUCCCCAUAGCUGGGUCUGGCGCGUGCUGAGGGCAGCACUGCCGUUCCAGUUGGCCCUGGUCGCCCUGUUCUGGGCCGCCUGUCUCCUCGAGCCUCAUUGCUGCGAGGCGGCCAACACGUUGAACCUCUCGCUCACCCCUCAGCUGCGCUACGUCAGGGGCCCUCCACCUGUGUGAGCGUCGCGGCGCCGAGCCUUUGUUGGAAAAGCCUGACGCGGAGACGCGUUCCAUGGAACCUCCAAGCAUGGAAGACAUCGUUGGAACCAGUCGAAACCUCAGUCACCGAGCACCGGUUGCUUCCAUUGCUCGCGCGUUUCAUCGCGCGAGCCAUUUUUAGUAAGUCGAUAGACUGUUGUUAGGUAACGAGAGCGCACGAUUUUCGGUGGAUUCGUGGACUCGAGAGUCGACGAGACGUCAACGAGCUUGCAGAAACGGGUCGACGAUCGCCGUUUCGGUUUUUCCAGAAAUUUGGGGAGUUCUUCGUGACAGAAAGGUAUCGAAUGUCUUGCGUCCGAAGUACAGUUUCGUUUGAUUCCAGCUUAUUCUGCGUCUCCAGUCUUUUUGGAUACCGUUAAAUCUAUCGGAAACUUGUUAAUUUAUCCGAGAAAUAUUCCGCCAGAGUGUGGAAUUAUUUUCAGUCUACCAUUACCACUAGUGCCUAUUGUAACUGUAACUUUUUUACAAGUCGCUCGUUUCGAUCCAUUUUGUGAACGAAUUUUAGGGAAAAGCGAAAAGCGAAGCCAAUUUUAGGGACUCGUUGACGCUCGAUCGAUUCUCGAGCUCGUCACGUUUUUCUGUAAUUUCUAUUCUUAUUUUUAUUUUUUUUUAACCCUUCCACUGCCAUAUGGAAUUUCGAGUGUUCAUUUUUCGAGUCGAUUAACUCGGAAGCUCAAGCUUAAGACGAGAUUGCAAUUUCGUCCACGCAAAGAGCUGUUCGGGCUAGUUCCUCUUUUCGUUUAACGCGUGAUCGUGUGAUAGGAAUUGCAACGAAUUGCGCUUCGCGGGGAAAAUCUGCGCUCGUUUGAAAUUGUGAUAUAAUAGAAAAUCGAAAAAAAGAGAAGUAGAAGAAAAGGAAGAAGAAGAAGAAGAAGAAGAAGGAGAGAAAGAAAAAGAUGGCGAAGGAGAAUAUAGAAUAAAUGUAUAACAGUGACUGAGGCACGGCGUAGAGAGACAAUGAGCACUAGGUCAAAAAUGAAAAAAGAAAAUGAUGAUAAAUAAGGAAGAAUUUUUUUUAUACGUUUUUACGAGAUGAGCUAUUUAACUGUACGAGUCGAGUAUUUGAAUGGGUAAGUAUAAUUCGUAUAUACCUGCUCUAGCCACGCGCUAAAUCGAGAAUGAAUGAGAGUCGCGAGAGCCACGCAGACAAUCUUAGAACCUUCGAAUACAAAUGAACGACGAAUCGAAACCUCGUAGCGUGAUAUGCAAAUUCUCCAAGUACGAGAUAUAGAAACGACACAAAGAGUUCACAGGGAUAAGGUUGACAGUUAUUUAUAAAGAGGCAAACUUUAUCUUCUGUUACAGAGAAUUUGCAGACAAACCAAUGACGAUGGAACCAAUGAUUCCAACUCGCACAAUCGAGUUCGAGGUUUUCGAAACUGACCUGUUUGUCGGUUGGCGAUUUUUGUUAUAUAGUAUAAAUAUUUAUUUAUAUAUAUGUUGCAAAUUAUAUAUAUACAUAUAUGUAUUAUUGUUUGUAAUUUAAUGUCGAUUGAGAGAGAAGAUAUUUUGCGGUGUUUUCUGAGGAAUUGCAAGAAGCAAAGGAAAGGACGUUCCACGCGAACGUCCUCGACGAGUAUAUUCGUGCAUGCGAUGUUAAACGACAGUAAUACCAUCGUUUUAUUGUUUUCAGCAAUUUUGUUUUUUUUUGUUUUUGUAUAGACGACGGCUGCUCGCAGCUUGCGAGAGCAGUUGGCAGCACUGGCCGAUGGUCAAGUGCUGCGGUGGAGGACGCGUUCGAGCUUUCUUUGCUAAAAUUCCCAACGAAACCACCCGAAUUAGCCAAUAUUUCCAGGAUAAGCGUGAAACCGAGAGGAGAAAGGGAAUUUUCUUUCUCUUCGACGAAAUCGGUUUCGUCCUACUAUCGAUACCAAUGAAUAAACGACCAGCUGACACAGUCUUGCUCCAAGCUGCGACAGUCAGAAUUAUAGCAAAGAAACUUCCCUCGCCUAGAAAUCUUCGGAUACUCUUUUCGAUUGUUCCAAUAAAAGAAGAAAAAAGAAAAAAAAAAAAGAAGUAAUAAGAGAAAGAGGAGAAGAAGGCCAGAAUUGCGCUUGACUUUACUGGAAGCAAAUGGCGACGACGAAAAGAGGUCCGAAUCACCAUAGAUACGGGUUUUUGGAAUUCUAACGAAAGUAAAAUCGGGCCCACGAGCCCACGCUCCCGGUCCCCGUGGCAGUUUCAAGGAGAACGCCAACGAUCACGCGUUUCAGAACCGUACGCAAUUAGGGGACCGCGGAAUCGAGGUCGUCUUGCAUCUUCGAACUGAAACACCCGACGAAGAGACGCGAGACGCCCUUUUUCCUUCGAAGUUCCCACGAACUUCGCGGCUUUGACCGCAAUUUAUCAACGCAUAUCCGAUCGAUGCACUCUGAAAAUGGGCAAUCGUGAUCGAGCAACGAUGAUCCUCGUCGCGUACAAACUCGAUAAGAAAUUUAUCCGCGUAUUCGCCGACGAGGAUGGAGAAGAGUAUGCGAGAGGGUUGGAGUUCAGUGGAAACGCACCCUCGAGUGGCAUGAUUCGUCGAUAACCGCGAUCAUGCGGUCGAAUCGAGAGCAAAAUUUGCUGCUCGUCGAACGACGAAUAAAGAAAGGUCGUGAGAGACGACGGUGAGAGGAGAUGAUAAAGAAAUCAUAAAGAAAUGAAUAAUAAGAUGAUGAAGAGAUGAAUAUAAGAUGUCGAAGGGAGGGAGAGAUGAUUAAAAAAACAUGACGAAGGUGAAGGUGAUAAAUGAUUAUAAAAAUAGGGAUAAAAGGAUGAUGGAAAUGGUACCCGAUGGAAAUGAAUAAAUAAGCGUUCGAGUUGGAUUGACUUUUAACGAGAAUUCAAAGAUGAAUAUGAGAACGGGAGAACCUUAGGACGGCUUCCGUUGAUUCUACGAUUAAGAACGUUCUUCUUUUCCUGUAUUACGAGCAACGGAGCCGAUCGCUAAUCCGACGAUGGUGUUUCGUCGAUUUUAACCAACUAAGGAAAUGCUAACACGGUACGAUUAAGGAAACGGGAAUACGUGGUUCUUCGUACAUAUUCUCGUUGCUUCUAGUUGUCGCUUGAAGGAUUUCUUUUUCAUUGUUGUACGAUCGCGUAGAUCGUUUCGAUACGAUAUAACGGUACUGAUAGUUAGAAAAAUUAGUGGCCUUUCUUGGACGCGUACACGGUGUUCCAUUUUAACCGAACCUUGCGCCAGGAAAAUCGAAAUAACACACAGCAGGAGGAAGACUUUCUUAACCUCUAAAAGAUAAAAUUAACUUCUUAUCCUUCGUAAAAUAAAUAUUUGUUAAGUAUCGUUCAAAGCACAAGUGAUUUUCUUAGAAAUUUUACUCGAAUUUUCGAACCUCUUAAACUUUUUGAGUAUUCUUGUUUCCUAUUGAACGAUGAAGAUAGUAAUCGUGCGAUGGCCACCGUGAAUAAAACCCUCGCGAUUCGUUCGAAAUGGAACAGCCUGUACGCGGGCUUGUGUAAAACUCGAAUCAAAGGUUUUUCAUGUUAUCAUCAUCGAUAAUUGCUGAAUACUAAACGCUGCGAUUAUCCUGAUGGUUUUCCAAGCGAAUCGAUCUUCGAUAGGAAUAUUAAGAUUACGGUUUCGUCACGCAACCUUCGAUUCGAUCGGCUUCCAAUCGAGCACGAUCGUCCGAAAAUUCGCGUGACAGGGAAUAAUAGAUAGCGUGAGGAGUGAAGAAGAAUGACGAAAAAAUAAGAAUAAAAAAUAAAAAAAAAAAUAAUAAAAAGGAAAAAAGAAAUGUCGAAUUUUAUUUUUGUACGUCGUAGUGGUAAUUAAUGUUUCGUAACGAUACUGGCGAAUAUUUCACCAUAUGUUUUACACGAUAGAACGAAUUUUUUUUUUUUAGAUUUCGACAGUUUGUACGACACAAAUUUUACAAUUUACAAAUCUUCACGAUUUCGUGUAACCGACAGACUGAAAUUUAGAGCUCAAAACGAAUUUGUUUCUUGCAUUUUUACCUUCCGUGCCACACUCUAUUCUUUUCUCAAUUUGUAAAAGCACAGAUAUACGUAUUUGUAGUUGAUAGUUUGGCGAAAAUUACUACGGAAAAGAGGAAAAACGAUUUUUCGUAUCGUCGAUGACUGUAACCCGUAGAAUAAACGAUGGGGAGAAGAGAAAGUAAAACCAGUAGUGUAAAUAGCGUGUAAAAAAAUUGGAUCGAGCGAUAUUUUUUCCAUAAAAGGGGAUUUGAAAAAAAGGAAAAAACAAAAACACAGUGUAUAAACUAUGGAUUUUUCGUAGACAGGGGGAUAAAAUUAAAGAGGUAUAUUUUGUGAGAUAUUUUGCGAGGGUAAAGGGUUCGUAGGCAUAAUAGAGAGUCUAUUUCGAUUUUCAGCUUCGUUAGAGUGUAUAUGCAGUUAAUCUUGUGCUUCGAUGCGAAUCACGGAGAUCGUUCGAUUCUCCGACGAACGACGUAGCGAGAAAUCGGCUAGCCUAAUCGAUCCCGUGACUUGUCGGAAAAUCGGACGAUGGUGUUGGAGCUUCUCCGAGGAGAAACGAAGGUAGAGAGAAAGCGAGCGAUUACCAGAGUUUUGGCAGGCUCGAAGAACAUGGCACGAUGCUUAACGUGUAAGCGUUCGAGUUUGGCAGCUGAUCGACUCGAUCGAGAAGUAUCGUGCCGAUCUCUCGUCGCUAUCAAUGGCGGACCAAGCGUCGUUGCGAAAGGACGACAGAAGAAAAUAACGAAACGAUCGUUUUCGAACGGAGAAAUUCGCGAAUUUCUAAAGUCUCUCGGACUUGCGCGUUCUCCGUUGGCUAGAGGGUAAACGCAGAUGCGAACUUCCGGAGUGUGCACGGAGUUUAGGCAUCGAGUUUGAGCACUGUCCGUGCGUUGUGUUCAGAGGACGUGACCAUAGGAGGAUUAAGGCCUGAAAUCAGGCGAUUCGAGCUGAUCGAGGCAAAAUUGUAUAUUCGUAGGCAUGCUGCGUUACGAGGAGAGACGUCAGAGAUAUCUCGGCGAGAUACGGAGGUGAAGAGGAGAGGGAGGAAAAUGGAGAAAAAAUAGGGAGGAAAAUGGAGAAAAAAUAAGGAGGAAAAUGGAAAUGGGUUGCAGUGAAUGGUGGAUCGAGAAACGGUGUUUUCUAGAUAAUUUUGAGGGAUGCACCGUGACGAUCCACGCGAUUCGAUACGUUGUACUUACGUGUUCACGACACGACGACAAACGGUGACAUGACACGUGUACACAUACACACGAAAUUAACCACACACGUACACACACAGAGUAGAGGAACUUAUAAAUAGGUUUUAUUCUCUGCAUACCUGAUUUUUUAUUAAACAGAUUGUCCCGCGGGAUAGCGCGGUACUUUUCAUCGAGAUCUGCAAGACGACGACACCCUUAGGGGUCGUUGAUGUCGAAGAGAGGAAACGAAAGCGAGGACAGAGCGAUUUUCGUCGGCCAUAACGCGAUCCGUCAUAUCGUCCCUAGGAAUUAAUUGCUCUCUCGAAAUUACAAUUAUUCUCUCUCCACCUUGUUCUCGGAACUUUCUCAACGGAUCGCAAUUUUAAAUCAAGCGUGAGGAUUAAUCGUGGAAUUUGCGGAGCCGGGGCAAUAAUCCAGUUUUAAAUUAGCAAUAAAUAUUCCAUGUAAGUUCAAUGUGAUUUAAGAUCGGAAAUGUAUGUAUCUACUUGACGAUAAAAGUCGCUCUGCUUCCGCGAUCAUAGUGCUAGAACAUUAUCGCGCACCAUGCAGGAUCUGUCUCAGAAUAUACUACUUAAAGAAACAACGAUCAACAAACUCUGUGAAACCGAUCAAAUUCAUUCGAUCGACCAGUCGAUCCUUUAAAUAGCACAUUAUGAGACAACUUCCACGGUUUCGAGUCCUUGUUCGUCGAAUUUACGUUUCGCACUGAAGAACGUCGAGGUGGUUCUUCGAACGCUCGAAGACUCGCGAGGGUCGACGAGCACGAGGCCCGCCUCACCUGCCUACUUUACCUAUGAUAAUGUGUAUAAAGUACCUGAGAAAUCAAAAUAUUACUUAUAUAUUUAAAUAUAUAAAUACGAUCACGAGAAUGAUCCAGUUUUUUUCCUCCGUUUCAUCCGCAUUAUCGCUGCAUUGAACGAGCCUCUGCUCCAGAAUAGAACAAAAACGAAAAAAAGAUAAAAAAAGACGAGCAAAAAUGAUCGUGUCGUGCUUUGUACAGCUUGAUUUGUCGCGAAAUGUAUUCACCUUUGCGUUGCUGUAGCGGCUACUUAGAUUUAUACGUUGCAUGCGGUUUUUACCUUUAAACGAAAAUCAUGAUAUAAGGCGACGCGUGAACGCGUCGUUGUAUAUUGGGGAAAAAAUCUAAAAAAUGGAAAAAAAAAAAGAAAAAAAAAAUCAGUUACACGUUUAAAUUGCAGGAUCGAUGGUGAUUCGUCUGCAAAUUCUAUUACGAUAAUCGAUAUUUUUUACACCCCGCCCGCAGUUUCUCCUAUUUCGCUUUUAUACUUCGGCUUUAAAGAAAAUUUGGCAAAUUUUAUUUUUCUACGAAUUUCUCGUUUUUGAUUUCUCCUUAUGUUUCUACUUUUCUUUCCUCAAUGGAAUUUAAGUUUUUUUUUAAAAAAAAAGAAAAAAAGAAACCGCGGGCUUAUUUUGCGACAAAGCUAUCGAAUGUAUACUUUCGAGAGUAUGACGCCUGUUUGUGUCGCGCUUGAGUACACAAGCGACAUUAACCCUCCAUGAACCGUAUUAUUUUCCCUUUUUCGCUUUUCCGUGGUAUUAUGAAUCGGUAUGACUCGUGUAUUUCUUUUGUACUUUCCUUUUCUCGUCGAGUCACUUGUUUAUCGUUUAAUUACUGCGUCACGACAGGCGAUUUGGUUCAUGGAGGAUUGAAUUUGAUUGUAUCGGUAAGAUUUUAUUUGAAUUCCUAGAGAUCGCGAUCUAUUUCGAGCAUCGUGUAUUUUCUGCGUUAUUUUAUAGUUUGGCGCCGUAUGUCGAGCAUAAACUUACUGCAUAACCAUGAUUAUUGUAUCCCUCGAUCACCAUUCUCUUCGAUUUCUUUGAUAUCUUUAUUUUAGGUCAAUUUAUCGGUCCUUUGUAUUUCUUUUGCAAAUUCAUGUUUAUAAAUUUCGUCGAUUUACAGCGCCGAAUCGAUCGACCAUGGGGAGACACGUCCGUUCGACUGACAGUAUUUUCUUUUCGUCCUUUUUAGUUUUCAACGGAACAGUAUUCUUACGGAUUUUUAAGAACGCGUUUAAUUCGCGAGUAAUUUCAAUUUGGAUGGAGAACAUUUCAACUUUGAUUUACGCGGGAAAUUCGACUCGGGCGAAAGUGUCUUUCUACGGUCCUUUUAGCGUUUCUUAUUUCCUUUGUUGCAUAUGUACGUGUCCUUAAUUUUAUUUGCUCAGACUUGUGCGAUUUUGCCAUUCACACCGUAAGUCCCAUUUCAAAUG